UAAUUUCUGUGUUUAUUUACUUUAAACCGUAAAAAUAUAGUUGGAGUUUCAACAAGUGGAAAAAUGUUUGAAAAUCAUCCAAUUACGGAUAACACAAUGUCAAAAGAAGAUUAUUUAUUAUUACGGGCUAAGGAAGCUAUGUCCACUGACAUUUAUGCUGCUAAAUCAUGGCUAAUCACUGCUAAAUCAUUAUUUCCACACAGUGCUAAAGUUCAGUUUGAAGCUUAUCGAAUUGAAAAACUGUCAAAAAAUGUCAAGGAAGCAGCGAAGUGUUUCAGUGAAAUUUUUCAGAAUUUUUCCGAAAGCCGGGAAAUUUGGACAGAAAUCGAAUCAAUAACUGCAUGUUUAAGAUCUGAAAAACCAGAUGCAGAUUGUGAAUUAUUAUGUCAAAUGUUCCAACAUAUCCCUCAGGAAUUACAGCACAGGUUGUUGAUAAUGACAGCUGAUCACAGUGAAGAUACUAUGGAGCAUUGUAAAUUAUUGUUAUUACUAUUAAAAAGAUUUCCGCAAACAAUUCCAACCCACGGACCAAGACUGGUCGAGACAUUACUGACGGCAGAAAAACACAGCCACCCAGGACAAGCAGUGAAUGGAUUUCGACGUCUACUAACUUGCGAUGCAUUGCCACUGUUGGGAGGAGCGCCUGUUGAAUUAAGCCCGCGGUUGAGUUUGCGAUUGCUCUGCAAAGCAAUAGAAUUCUAUCUAGCUUACAUCCAGCAGCCGCUGGACUCGCAGAUCCAACAGCCUUGGGACAGACUGUUCCAGGUGAUGGAAGUGAUGGGCGCAAAACUAGGCUGGGAGUUGGGCAAUCUCUUCGCAACGUCUUGGAACCAAGAAUUGUACUGCGAAAGAAUUCAGCAGUACAUAAAAACACACACUAACGUUUUAAACGACGAACCAACAAUAAAACAAUUGUCGAUAUGUACAGUUGUUGUAUUAAUUAGGAUUUUAAGUGGACAUUAUAGUAAAAUUAAAAAUGACGACGUGCCUUAUUGUCUCAUCGAAGCUUUUGCUGAACCAUUCCCUUCUUCGGAAACAAAGAUGAAAAAACGUAAGAGAGAAGAGGGACCAGGAAUAGUUCUGACUAGCGAUGGAGAGUACGACGGGCAAGGAUUAACCUCAGCAGUAAUGCUGUGGGAUAUUUUACACAGUACUGAGUACAUGCAAAGAGAAAUAACGAAGCUCAGUCAACAAAUGCAUCUUGAAACUUGGAUAAAUCCUUUUCUAACAGACGUUGCUGUGUAUAAGGGCUUGCAUCACGAAUUGCUAGCAAGGUUACCGCAAGAUACCAGUGGAACUCUUGCUGUACAUUUACGCUUAGCCAGCACUUAUUGUUGUAUCAAAGAUUACGGGGCUAUGUUGGACUACAUUGUGAUGAUAGCAAGCUCGUUGCCUCAAAUUCGAGGUAAAGUGUCUAACAAAUUGGCCAUCCCAAGUUUAAGACACUUGCACUAUUUACCGCUAGCAGAAUUACCGAUUCUUCAGUAUUGCUCGAAAUUACUAUUAGCUGGUAUUAAGCAUAAACUGUCAGUAGUAGGAGACACUGGAGACUGGGCGAUAGGAAACGCUUUGGUUCUCAUGCAAGUGGACUGGCCUCAAGAGUCUAAUUUCUUGGGAAUUAUUACCGAUCGAAUACAUGCUAACAAAGCUUUUCAGUAUCCACUCUUCCUGGAUUAUAUUAUAAACAUUGAUAUCCUGGAAGAAUUGACGUAUUUGUGGACAGAACACGGUGGUGGAAUUUCUUUGGACAUUGCGAUUGGGUCAGAAGUACUGCAAAAUAGGAGAAUUACCACUAGAGGUGCUGACAAAGGCGUUCGUGAAGAAAUCAGACAAGCGAUGAGAAGACAAGCGGCUCGAGACUCUGUAGAUUCAAUUAAUGAGUUGGUACAAAGGUUUAUUGUUAAUGAAAAAGUUGCUCUGUUACACAGUUUAAUGAUGAAAUAAUAUCUACAUUAUUUUACGAUCAA